AUGGCUACUGCAGCAGUAUCAACUCCUGUAAACAAUCAGAAGGGGCUCGUGCCCUCGCUCAAGGCUGGUGGAAGAGUUCCUCUGACGCCUUCACCACGCAACUCCAUCAACCUAAACUCCUCACCGUUCGCUCCUGAGGACCACUCUGGCAAAGAUGCCAAGGGAGCCUCCAAACACACCUAUAGCGGAAAUCUUAUGGCUCAUUAUGGACGAGCCUCAUCAUCUUCUACUGUCUCUCAGCGUGAGCAAUCAGAACCUCACCAUAAUUCGCCCAAGUUCAACAUCGCUCGCGUGGUCCACUCACCCCGCAAAACUCUUGCGCUCGGAGUCUCUGACUAUGCACUUACUGGUACUGGCCUUGCUCUGAGCCCCUCCAAGCCAAAGAAAGGUUCACUCCGACAGAAGGCCUCCAAGACGACAACCAACCAUGGCGGUGAUCGCUUCAUCCCCAACCGGGCUGCCAGCUCCGCAAUCGCCAACACAGGCUCAAGCAAGAUUAGUGGUCCCGAGAGGAAGAAAAGAAAGCGAUCCCCACCAAGCAUCUCAGAGAGGCCGGCAGCGCCCGAAGUCCCGGAGGAGGACCCAGCUUCUGCCCUGGAGGGUCUGAGCAUCCUCGAUGAUGAUGCGGACGAAGGCUAUUCUCGCCCCUCUCCAAAUACCGUUGCUUAUCAAGAUUCACUCGCCAACGCCUGUGGUGUGAGUCUCAAGACUCGCAUCCUGGAGUUCAAGCCCGCUGCGCCAGAAUCGUCAAAGCCAAUUGAUCUUCGCCAGCAGUACAACAGGCCGUUGAGACAUACCGGUUCCGGCUCCGCCCAGACUCGCCGACGUAUUGCUACCGCUCCCGAGCGUGUUUUGGAUGCUCCUGGUCUGAUUGAUGACUAUUAUCUCAACCUAUUGGACUGGAGCUCGGGUAACCAAGUCGCCAUCGGUUUGGAGCGCAGCGUCUAUGUCUGGUCCGCGGAUGAAGGCAGUGUCAGCUGCCUCCUAGAGACCACCCCCGAUACCUAUAUCAGCAGUGUCAAGUGGUCCGAAGACGGGGCCUAUGUCGGCGUUGGCCUCGGCACUGGCGAAGUCCAAAUCUGGGAUGUGGCCGAAAGCCAAAAGAUUCGAAGCAUGUUUGGACAUGAUACUCGUGUUAGCGUCAUGGGUUGGAACAAGCAUCUGCUCUCCACCGGCGCCCGAAGCGGUCUCGUCUUCAAUCACGAUGUCCGAAUUGCCGAGCACAAGGUCGCAGAGCUGGUUUCGCACACUUCCGAGGUCUGCGGACUCGAAUGGCGAUCGGAUGGCGCGCAGCUUGCCACUGGCGGCAACGACAACCUGGUCUCCAUCUGGGAUGCUCGCUCUCUGUCCGUGCCCAAAUUCACCAAGACCAACCACAAGGCAGCUGUCAAGGCGCUCGCAUGGUGCCCCUGGAACGCAAACCUGCUCGCCACCGGCGGUGGUUCCUAUGAUCGUCACAUUCACUUUUGGAACUCGACUACGGGUGCGCGCGUCAACAGCAUCGAUACCGGCUCUCAAGUCACCUCCCUGCGUUGGAGCCCUCACUACCGCGAGAUUGUGAGCUCAAGCGGCUUCCCAGACAACUCUCUGAGCGUCUGGAGCUACCCGACCCUGGUCCGCAACGUCGAAAUCCCUGCUCAUGAGAGCCGUGUCCUACACAGCUGCCUCAGCCCUGAUGGCCAGAUGCUGGCUACCGCCGCCGCUGAUGAAAGCUUGAAGUUCUGGAAGAUCUUUGAGAAGAAGGCCGGUGCCGGUGCUGGUGCCGCUGGCUCAGGCUCUUCUGGAAAGGCCGACGUGGUCAAGCACAUGACCAUUCGAUAG